GCCUGUUUACAGAGGUACAUGACUUUUCACUCUUUUGUAUAGGCAGGGAGACAGAAGAGUUUUGCAAGCAGCAUUCAUCCAGUUAAAAUUUACCAGGCUGUAUAUAUAUCUCAAUGGAUAUUUGAAUUUAUGCAUUACUUUCUUUGCCUUUCAGAGAACUGAAUAAGCAUUUAUUGCAGCAAUGGCAUCAGCUAUUACUACAAAGACUAUUUAUCAGACAGAUUUCAUAUUAGAAUCAUUCACAUCAGUGAAUGAUUCCUUCAUGUAUGAAGGCAGUGGAGGUGAAUUAUGUAUUAAAUCAGAUGUAAAUAAAAUUACUGCUGUACUAACAGCAGUAUUUUACUCACUGAUAACUUUUCUUGGACUAACUGGAAACAGUCUGGUUCUCUUCAUCUUGCUUAAAUAUGAAAGCUUAGUAUCUGUAACCAACAUCUUUAUUUUGAAUCUGUCUGUAUCAGACCUGAUUUCCUGCUUGUCUUUGCCUUUCUGGGCUACAUAUGAAAGUCAGGGAUGGAUUUUUGGAGAUGUGCUUUGUAAAGUAGUAAGUGCAGAUUUUUCUGUGGGAUUCUACAGUGGCAUUAUUUUUCUGACCAUGAUGACUAUCCAUCGAUGCAUUGUAGUGAUUAGUCCAUUGGCAGAGAAACCACAAAGAAGCUGCUAUGGCAUUCUAUUCUGCAGCAUUGCCUGGGUCACCAGCAUUGUAGUGAGUACCCCUGAAUUCAUACUGUUUAAUACUGAGACUCAGGAAAAUACUACAUACUGUACACUGACUCCAUCACUCUUCUGGAAAUUAUUUGGAACAUAUCAGCAAAACAUAUUUUUUGUAAUUUCUUUCACAAUAAUUUUAUUCUGUUAUGCAAAAAUAUUGAAGACAUUGGGCCAAACGCAUUCACAACGGAAGAAAAAGACAAUAAAACUAAUUUUCGUGAUUGUAAUUGUUUUUUUCAUGACUUGGACACCCUACAAUGUAAUUAUAUUUCUGAAGUCUUUACGAGAUUUGAAUGUAUGGCAACUUGAAUGUGAAGACAGUAAGCAGAUUGACUAUGCCUUUUACAUUUGUCGUAAUAUUGCUUUUUCACAGUGUUGUAUUAAUCCUAUAUUGUAUGCCUUUGUGGGAGUGAAAUUCAGAAAGCAUUUGUUAAAGCUGCUUGGCAUAUAUGUGAAGUGUGUAGGUAAAGAUCAUGCCAGCAUUUCAAAAAGCUAUAAUCGUAUCAGCUAUUAUUCCGAUGACCAUUCUCUUUACUAAAGACCUUGAUAUGAACUGUUAAAUUUUGUUGCUUUUAUCAGCUUUGCUAGAGUAUAGUUUGAGCAUUAAAAGACAACAGAUGAAGAAUGAAAAGAUUUUACUAGAAAGAAAGAAAAAAGGAAAUAUUAUUAAACUCCGAAUAUGCUAACAUACCAGUUACUAAAAAAUGCAUCUUGGUUCCAUGUGUUAAACAUUGUUUUAUGCCCUGCCAUAGUAGCAGAAAAUGCAUUUUAAAGCAAAUAAACUGAUUAUGUUUUCCUUCCUUUCUGUAAAAUGAUGGUGACAGAACAAAUGUGUCUGGAAUUGCAACUGCUUGGGAGAAUACUUAUACAGAAAAUGCAGAAAUCUGAAUAUGCUAAUGUUGCAACA